CAAGAGCGUAGGGAUUGGGAGUGUUGUACGUGUUGUAGACCCCGGUGAAUUUGUGGCCGCGUGCAGCAAGACGGUAUUAUCAUUUUCGACGGCGUGCGAGACGUUUUUUAAACCGUGGCAUUAUCACAGUAUACGUAUGUAUGGUAUUAUCUGGUAACAUCCACGCGAGUAGCUGUAGAAACAGUAAUCAAAAUAGUGAAGAAACAAAGGUGGCCUGGUGAAGUCAGCUGCUUGAGGUGUCAGGCAGGUCAGAAGGAAACGCAACAAUUCCUGUUGCGUGACUUCUGGAAUAUUGUAAGAAUGUGAUAUGGGAAGUGGAGAAUACGCAAUGAUCAUGAAGCUGUCAGAACAGAAGUCGGAGGGAGAAGAAGAGUAUUUCCCAAAUUUGAAGAUUUUGCCUUCGAAUGACCAGGUUAAAGAAUUGCAGACGAUUUUACGUGACAGAAAUACCAGUAGAAGUGAUUUUAAGUUUUAUGCAGACCGUUUGAUCAGGCUGGUCAUUGAAGAAAGUUUGAACCAGUUGCCUUUCACAAAAUGUGAAGUGAUUACCCCAACUGGAGCUCUUUACCAAGGCCUGAAGUAUCAGAAAGGGAAUUGUGGUGUGAGCAUAGUAAGAAGUGGUGAAGCCAUGGAACAGGGCCUUAGAGACUGCUGUAGGUCUAUAAGAAUUGGGAAGAUAUUAGUGGAAUCUGAUGUGGAUACACAUGAAGCAAGAGUUGUUUAUGCUCGAUUCCCAGAGGACAUAGCUGAUCGGAAAGUGCUCCUAAUGUACCCAAUUAUGAGCACUGGCAACACAGUAAUAAAGGCUGUUGCUGUACUUAAAGAGCAUCAUGUUCUUGAAGAGAACAUUAUUUUAUCAAAUUUAUUUUGCACCCCUUUUGCAGCCCAGAUGGUUACCACUACAUUUCCACAGAUGAAAAUAUUGACUUCUGAAGUUCAUCCUGUAGCACCGAAUCUGUUUGGACAGAAGUAUUUUGGAACAGAUUAAGGUUACCGUUGUUUUUGUUCACUUCUAUGUGCUUUACAAUUAGACAAAGUAUUAUUUAUGAAUUUAUGUACUUAAAUUGCUUAGUCUAGUGUUUGAUUUUGCCACUAAAUGAAAUGUUUGUAAAAUUUGUUUAUUUAAUAAAAGGUAUGUUGAUAUGUGUGUUUCUA